GGGCAGGGUUCAAAUUUAACCCUUUGCUGCUGGGUUUUCCUUCCAAGAUACUUUGGUUGCACGUGUGUUUUUCUGUGUACUGCUUGCGCUGAACAGCGUGGGGAAGGUGGACCUAGCAGCAGAGGAAAGAAUCGGAGGUAAGUUAUCAAAGGACUCGUUCUCACGAAUCUUCUUCUCCUUGUUUAGAUAAGUUGCUACCCGUUCUGUGGAUAAAUCAGCUGGAUCCGGGAUCCGCUGCAGAUUCCGAGGUUUCUGUUGGAAGAAACCAAAUUUCACUCUCUUUUGGGUGUUCCAGGGAGAGAUGCCCGUAGUGAUCGGCUUUGAGGGGAGCGCCAACAAGAUCGGAAUUGGGAUUGUAAAAGAUGGGGAAGUGCUGAGCAAUCCACGAAGGACCUAUGUAACCCCUCCGGGACAAGGUUUCCUUCCAGGUGACACGGCACGCCACCACCGUUCUUGCGUCCUUACUGUGUUGCGUGAGGCCCUGGAAGAAGCUGAGUUGAAACCUGAGGACAUUGACGCAGUGGCUUUCACCAAAGGUCCAGGAAUGGGUGCUCCCCUGGUGACUGUGGCUGUUGUGGCCAGGACAGUGGCCCAGUUGUGGAGGAAGCCGCUUCUCGGAGUGAAUCAUUGUGUCGGACACAUUGAGAUGGGGAGGCUUGUGACUGGUGCGAAGAACCCAACAGUGUUGUAUGUCAGCGGCGGAAACACUCAGGUCAUUGCCUACUCUGAACAUCGCUAUCGUAUUUUUGGGGAAACUAUAGAUAUCGCUGUAGGAAACUGCCUGGACCGUUUUGCUCGAGUGUUGAAGAUCUCAAAUGAUCCCAGUCCAGGCUACAACAUCGAACAGAUGGCCAAGAAGGGUCAAAAGUUGAUCGAGCUUCCCUAUACAGUGAAAGGCAUGGACGUGUCCUUCUCUGGGAUUCUGUCCCACAUAGAGGAUGUGGCUCACAGAAUGCUGUCUGCAGGAGAAUGCACUCCAGAGGACCUCUGCUUCUCUCUACAGGAAACCCUCUUUGCAAUGCUGGUGGAGAUAACCGAACGAGCUAUGGCACACACUAGCUCCAGCGAGGCAUUAAUUGUAGGCGGCGUUGGCUGUAACGAGCGACUCCAAGAGAUGAUGGGGAUCAUGUGCAGGGAGAGAGGAGCCCGGCUCUUUGCAACGGAUGAAAGGUUCUGCAUUGACAAUGGUGCCAUGAUCGCACAAGCUGGUUGGGAAAUGUUCCGGUCUGGCCAAAUCACAGCACUUGAAGAUUCGUGGAUUACACAAAGGUAUCGUACAGACGAAGUGGAGGUAACAUGGCGAGAUUAAGGGUUUCUUUUUGCCUGAAAACAUUCCUCAGUUUGGAAGCCGUGAAGUGAAAGUAGCUGAAAGGCUUAAGAGAUACACAUUUGUAAAAAAAAAAAACAACCCAGAGACAAUCACUUUUUUGGCUUAAAAUAAAUGAUUUGAUUUUGUA